ACUCAUUACCUACUCUUUGGCUAGAAUACCUAAAAAAACUACAGCUAGGCCUGAGGCGACGCAUUAUACUUUAAAGCUUAACUGUUAGAUUCUAGGAAAAGUUGUGUAAAAUCGUGUGAUACCAUUAAAACGAUUUACAGCAUAUAUUGUGUACUUUGUCAUUUUACUAAAAAGUUAAUUUAAUUCUAUAACCAUGACUUCCAACGAGAACCAAGCUCGGUCAAAUUUACAUCAGCAAGAUUUAUCUAAACUGGAUGUCACUAAAUUAUCUGCCUUGUCACCUGAAGUAAUAUCCAGACAGGCCACUAUUAACAUUGGAACCAUAGGACAUGUCGCUCACGGAAAAUCUACUGUGGUCAAAGCAAUUUCUGGAGCACAAACUGUUAGAUUCAAGAAUGAAUUGGAAAGAAAUAUUACUAUUAAAUUGGAACGGCUGACCGACUCAGUGGUAAGAAUGUACCGCCAGAGAUCAGAUGAAAGAGAAGAAAAUACAUUUCUAGAAAAUAUGAAAAGAGCUAAAAAAAGAUCUUUCUUUCCUACCAUGGAGACAACACCUGCAGCCAAAAAACAAAAAAGACAAGGGCCAGAAGAGUACAUUAUAGAAAAAAUAGUGGAUUUUAAGUAUGAAUCUGGCCAAGAAAUGUUUUACAUUAAAUGGAAAGGCUGGAAUAAUAAUGCAAAUACGUGGGAACCAAUUGAGAAUCUUGAUAACUGCCCUGAUAUACUUAAAGAAUUUGCGGAAAAUGAAGAGCUCAAACACUAUGAUGAAAUGGAAAAAUUGAAGGAGGAGAUUUCUUUUGAGGAUUUGCUAAGUGAAAAGAAUCUUGUUGAUAGAAUGCACGAGGUUGAAGAAUCGGAUUUUACAAAAUUAAAAGUAAGCCUAAUACUUAAGUUGCUAUCCAUGAUUAAUUUACCGGAACAUGAGGAGCUUCAUGUGUCUGAUCUAGUUCAGGAGACGAGAUGUACCUUACAACUCUAUGUUUCAACUCGCAGACGAUGUCGACAAAUGAUGGCAAUCAAACAUUGGGAAGAGCAUUUGAACCAAAUUGAUAAGGCCAAGUUGUCUGUGGAAAACGAUGUUGAUCUUACUGGCCCUCCAGAAAACUUUAAUUAUAUAAAUGAGUCAAUACCUGGCGCUGGUGUUACUAUUCCAAACGAACCACCCAUAGGUUGUGACUGUGUUGCUUGCAACUGCAGAGCUAAAGCAUGUUGUGGUAUGCAAGCAGGUCAGUUUGCAUACACAGUCCAAAAAAGACUCCGUGUAGCCCCAGGAACACCAAUAUAUGAAUGUAAUAAGGCAUGCAAAUGUUCUUCAAAAUGUAGCAACCGAGUGGUACAAAAAGGCAGAAAUGUGAAACUCACCAUAUUUAGAACACUGAAUGGUUGCGGAUGGGGUGUCAGAGCUGAACAAAAAAUCAAGCAGGGCCAAUUCGUAUGCCAGUAUGUAGGUGAAGUAAUUACAUUUGAAGAGGCGGAAAAACGAGGAAGGGAGUAUGAUGCCAAUGGAUUGACAUAUUUAUUUGAUCUGGACUUUAAUUCUUGUGAGAAUCCCUAUGUGGUUGAUGCAUGCAAUUUGGGAAACGUGUCGCAUUUUAUAAAUCAUUCAUGUGACCCAAACUUAGGGGUUUGGGCAGUAUGGGUGGAUUGCCUAGACCCAAACCUACCAAUGCUAGCUUUGUUUGCUUCAAGGGACAUUGAUGCAGGGGAAGAAAUAUGUUUUGACUAUUUGCAAAAAUGUAAUGACAACGAUGAAGAACUGAAGACUCCUGUUGUAUCUAAGGAUACUGCUGAAGAUAAUGCCUGUGUUCCGAGUGCUUCCGAAGCAAACACGGCUACAUCUUCAGCAUCUCCCAUCAAGUCUCGCUUUGAAAUACAGCAACAGAAUAUCACAUCACUUAGAAACCGCACUGAAUGUAAAUGUGGAUCGAUUAAAUGUCGAAAAUAUUUAUUUUAAUGGUUAAUCUAAUU